UAACUUGUCCAGGCAAUCUUUCUCCUCUCUUCUUUUAUAUACCCUUCUCCUCUAUCUCUCUCCCUCACUCUUCUUAACACGACAUAACUUACAAAAAAAACACACACACACACAAACACACAAUAAAUUAACAGUCCCUUCUUCUCCCUCCCUCUCUCGCUCGCUCUCUCUCUCUCUACUCCUCUCUCAUGGUAAUGGGGGCUCAUCGCCAUUUUGAACCAAUAGCAAAAUGUAGCACAGAGGGACGAUCAAAUCAGACUGUGGCUGCCGACCUGGAUGGAACACUUCUUGUAUCAAGAAGUGCUUUUCCAUACUUCUUGCUUGUUGCUAUUGAAGCUGGGAGUCUCUUAAGAGGACUAAUUCUCUUAGCAUCAGUCCCAUUUGUAUACUUUACGUACUUAUUUAUAUCAGAGGCAAUGGCAAUCAAGACUUUCAUCUUCAUUGCCUUUGCGGGACUUAAAAUAAGAGACAUUGAGCUUGUUUCAAGGUCUGUCUUGCCAAAGUUUUAUGCUGAUGAUGUUCAUCCAGAAACUUGGAGGGUGUUCAAUUCUUUUGGAAAAAGAUACAUUGUUACUGCUAAUCCUAGGAUUAUGGUCGAGCCAUUUGUCAAGACCUUUUUAGGGGCUGACAAGGUUCUUGGCACUGAAUUAGAGGCUACAAAAUCUGGAAGAGCAACUGGGUUUAUCAAGAAACCUGGAGUUCUUGUUGGAGAUCAUAAAAGAGAUGCUCUCUUAAAAGAGUUUGGCACAAAUUUGCCUGAUUUAGGCCUGGGAGACCGCGAAACUGACCAUGACUUCAUGUCCAUUUGCAAGGAAGGAUAUAUGGUGCCAGGAACCAAGUGUGAGCCUCUAGCAAGAAACAAGCUUCUAAGCCCUGUCAUAUUCCACGAUGGCCGGUUAGUUCAAAGGCCUACUCCUUUGGCUGCCCUUUUGACCUUCUUAUGGAUGCCAAUUGGUAUUAUUCUCUCCAUACUUAGAGUCUACCUUAACAUCCCUUUGCCCGAGAGACUUGCCUGGUACACUUAUAAGCUACUAGGAAUUAGAGUUAUUGUCAAGGGUACCCCUCCACCCCCUCCAGGAAAAGGCUACAGUGGAGUCCUCUUUGUUUGCAAUCAUCGUACUGUCUUAGACCCAGUUGUCACUGCUGUUGCACUAGGAAGAAAAAUUAGUUGUGUCACCUAUAGCAUAAGCAAGUUCACUGAAAUUAUUUCACCCAUUAAAGCUGUUGCUUUAUCAAGGGAGAGAGACAAAGAUGCUGCUAACAUUAAGCGACUGCUUGAAGAAGGUGACCUGGUCAUUUGCCCUGAAGGAACCACAUGUAGAGAGCCAUUUCUCUUGAGAUUUAGUGCUCUUUUUGCUGAGCUUACUGAUAGGAUUGUGCCAGUUGCUAUCAAUACAAAACAAAGUGUGUUUCAUGGCACGACGGUUCGAGGGCACAAACUGUUGGACCCUUAUUUUGUGUUCAUGAAUCCAAUGCCAACAUAUGAGGUCACCUUCUUGAAUCAGCUGCCCAAAGAGCUUACUUGCAAAGGAGGCAAAUCAGCCAUUGAAGUUGCAAAUUACAUACAAAGGGUGCUGGCUGGGACACUUGGAUUUGAGUGCACUAACUUGACCAGGAAGGACAAGUAUGCUAAGCUUGCAGGAACAGACGGCCGUGUUCUAUCUAAGAAGGAAAAUGCUUGAGGAAAAUUCUCCAAAAAGCAAAAAAAGAAAAUUCAUCAUUUAAUUUCUCUACUGCUUUUUCAUCAUUUAAUUUCUCUACUGGUUUUUUAUAUGUUUGAAACAUUGUUAUAACAAUAAAAAUUGAUAAUUGUUAUUGUGAUUAA